AUGCGGAUACAACCCGUAUCGUCCUUGUAUGAGCAGGAGACCUCGGGCAGCAUCAUCUACACAGUGGAGCUGAAGAGGUACGGGGGCCCUCUGGGCAUCACCAUAUCAGGCACCGAGGAGCCCUUCGACCCCAUCACUAUAUCCGGCCUGACCAAGAGAGGCCUGGCCGAGAGGACAGGGGCUAUUCAUGUAGGGGAUCGGAUCCUGGCGAUCAACAGCAUCAGUCUGAAAGGGAAGCCCCUGAGUGAGGCCAUCCACCUGCUGCAGAUGGCUGGGGAGACCGUAACUCUCAAGAUCAAAAAACAACUGGACAAUACAGAGGAUAGGAAGGCAGCAGAGGCAGAGGACACAACGGAAAACGAGAUCAGUGACACUGAGGAGGAUGAUUUGACGGACAGCCAACAGACCAAUAAGCUCUCAGAGCUUUACUCCACAACCAUACCCAGCGUGGACUCUGCCAUGGAGUCAUGGGACGGCUCAGGGAUGGACGCUGGAUAUGGCAGCCAGGGUAAGCUGUAG